CAUAGUCAGCUGACUGCGAAAGCAGUUUGCUACUGAAGUGGAAACUGUUGUGUUUUAUUCUUGUUAUAGAGUCAUGUCAGAGGUCUCUUUUUAAUGUUUCCACAUAUAGUGUGUCAGACAUGUUGGGCUUAAGCUGACCCCUUGGUGCUGACUUCAUAUCGUUUUUUUAUGGCAAUUUAACCAAGCGCGACAUAGAAAGUUGCCAUGCACGGUCGCAGACAUGCAGUGGCAAACUUACUCUGUCUUAGUUUUACUUCUUAACGUUGCCGAAACUUCAGGUGCUUCGUAUGUCAUCACAGUUGAUGUGGGGAGACCAGUAGGAGACCUUAAACACUUCUGGAGGAGCACCGGUUUCUGUCCCCCUCUCCCUCACACCCAGGCCCAUCAGUUUGACCUGAGCAUCGAUCAGCAGCUGAACCUGGCCUAUGUGGGCUCAGUCCCCCAUGGAGGGAUCCAGCAGGUCAGGAUACACUGGAUGUUGGAGCUGGUCACUGCACAAGAUAUCAGAGGACGACCUCUGUACAACUUCACUAAACUGGACCAGCUGAUAGAACUCUUGUGGAUUAAUGGUCUUCAACCAGGUUUUGAGCUGAUGGGCAGUGUCUCCAACUACUUCACUGACUUUGAGGACAAAUCACAAGUGGUCGAAUGGAGAAAUCUGGUUUAUCUCAUAGCCAAGAGGUACAUCGAUAAAUAUGGUCUGGGAAGUGUUUCUCGCUGGAACUUUGAAACAUGGAAUGAGCCCAACAACCAUGACUUUGAUAAUGUCACCGUGUCGACUCAAGGGUUUCUAAACUACUAUGAUGCCUGUUCUGAGGGUCUGCGUGCUGCCAGCAGUCUCCUGAGGUUUGGGGGUCCCGGGGACUCCUGUCAUUCCCCUCCGCACUCUCCAUACUGCUGGGCCAUGCUGCAGCACUGCUACAACGGCACCAACUACUUCACUGGAGAGACUGGGGUCAGGAUUGAUUUCAUCGCCCUGCACAAGAAGGGAGGAGGCUAUUCAUUGCCCAUCCUCCAGCAGGAGAUCCAGACAGUGGGGGAGAUCCAUCAGCAUUUCCCACGCUUCCGCAGCCUUCCUGUUUACAAUGAUGAGGCUGAUCCUCUGGUUGGCUGGUCCAGGCCUCAGGAGUGGAGGGCUGAUGUGACCUACGCUGCCAUGGUGGUGAAGGUAAUAAACCAGCACCAGGAUCUCCUGCUGACGGACCCAAACAGCACCAUCAACUACACACUGCUGAGCAAUGAUAAUGCCUUCCUCAGCUACCACCCACACCCCUUCACCCAGCGCACGCUGACCGCCCGCUUCCAGGUCAACAACACCCAGCCUCCCCACGUCCAGCUCAUCAGGAAGCCUGUCCUCACUGUCAUGGGCCUGCUGGCUUUGCUAGGAGAGACCCAGGUCUUGGCUCAGGUUCUGAACUUAGCAGGAGCCAGCAACAGCACAGUGGGAGUUCUCGCCAGCAGCCACAAGCCCGUGAUGCCGGGUGGCUCAGACAGCUGGCAGGCAGCAGCACUGGUAUACAACAGCGAUGACAACAGCACCUCCACCAACACUGAUGCUGUCACCGUCUCACUGAAAGGACUGGCUGCACAAAAGGGUCUUGUGUAUGUCACAUAUUACAUGGACAACAAUGUAACCAACCCAUACCAGCUGUGGCAGAGCAUGGGCAGCCCCGACUACCCCACAGCAGAACAGUUCAGACUCCUCAGGAGUGUGCAGGGCCCCCAUGUUGGUGGACCCUGGGAAGUUCCUGCAGGGGACACUCUGACUGUAAAAGCCAAACUGUCGGUGCCCUCUGUUCUCCUCAUCCAUGUUUGUGCUCAGCCCAAAGCCGUUCCAGACCAGGUUAAUGGAUUACGCUUCAUCAGGAUCACCAAAGGCCAAGUCCUGAUUGUCUGGUCUGAUCACUGUGUUGAUUCCAAAUGCAUCAAGACAUUUGAAGUUGAAUUCUCCACAGACGGCAAGAAAUUCAGCAGGAUUAAUACACAGGACACCAUAUUUACGUCAUACGUCUAUUCACCUGUGAGCCAGGAAGUUGGCGGUCUGUACAGAGUUCGAGCUGUGGACUACUGGGGAAGACCUGGGGAGUACUCACUGCCAGAGAAGUAUUCAGAGGAGCACUAGACCAAGGUUGAGUCUGAUAGUUUUUAUAUUAUGUUCUGAUCUAAACUGUGUUGUACAAUGUAAAUCCAUUUCAUAGGGAUCAGUGUGCUGACUAUACAGUAUAUGUUAUACAGGAUGGAUCAUGUGUGAUUGAUUGAUUAAGCAUCGUUUCAUCUGCACAGUCACAUAAGAAGAUAGCUCAUCACCCCCAUACUCUUACCACAUUUUUGAUAGGAGCAUAGGUAUAGUUGUCAUUUCAAAUACUAGAAUAUUAGAUAAAAGUGACUGAUACAAUAAUAAUCAGCAAACACUUCCUGCUCAAAAAUACAGAAACCUUUGAAGCUGCUGUAGGUGUAUUGACUCGGGAAGAUGGAUGGAUAUUUUUCAACACAUCUUGUCUUAAUGGAAACCUUUUACAUUCCCUACUGGCAGCAUCAAAGCACAUAGUAACAUAUAAUUAUAUGAAUAAUUUCCUGAAACAGCUGUUCACUGAACUUUUUAGUAAACAUCACUCAAACAUAAGUAACUAGCAUAUUUGUUAGGGACUAUUUUCAGCAGUGGAUUAAUUCAAUUUGGAACACACAUUUGGUUUUAAUCGUUUUGGAGCAACAGUAGAGCUUAUGGCACAGAAAAAUAAAAUAUAGCAGGUACAGGAUACACAGACAGUAAUUGUUACUUUCAUCAGUUCAUUGUUAAUGAUUGAUCUUUUAUCAGGAUUUACUGACAAUAAGAAAAUGUAGAAUAUCACCUGACGUAUUCCUUUAUACAUUUACCCCUGAAUACGUCAGCUGUCAUACAUCCAGAAUGACAAGUUGUUGAACGCAGUGUUAAAAUGAGAUUUCAUUCUCCCUGCUUGCUAUGCAGUGCUACAUAAUAAGUCAUCAUUGGUAUGAAAGGAGAAGUAAAAUACAUAAUGUCACUGGGUAAUGAGAUUAGCAAUCAGCUGAUCACACUGUUACAUCAACUGUUACCAUCAGACCAAAUAAUGUGGAUACACAAAUGUGUUAAAUUCUAUUUUGUAUACUUGAAAUGAUGCAGAUUUUUAUAUAAUUGUGUUUUAUAUGUGUUUGUGCACUAGAUAAGUAAAGGUUGGAUCACCAGUCUA